CAACGAAGAUUUACCGGUAAGAGAGACCAAUUCACAUCAUACAAAUUCAAUCAACCAACUUGCCUGUAUUACAGAAUAUAUAGAAGAAACAUAUCCUAAUACAUCAAUAUGAUGCCUUAUUACAAUCCAUUUCCAUUUCAAAACUUUUUUCCUGGAAACAUGCAAGGGAAUACUGAAUACCAUGGCCGUCAACGACUGCGUCCUUGGCUGAUAUCAAAAGUUGACAGUCAGAAGUUUCCAGGAUUGAUGUGGGUUAAUAAAUCAGAGGGAAUGUUCCGGGUACCAUGGAAACAUGGCGGGAAACAAGAUUGGUCAGAACAGAACUCUUUAAUUUUCAAGGAAUGGGCUAUGCAUACCGGUAGACACCAAGCAGGCGUUGACAAAGAUGAUUGGCCUGUAUGGAAAACUAGAUUUCGAUGUGCUUUAAACAAAUUACCGGAUAUCGAGGAAGUCAAACAGUUAAGUCAGUUAGAUGGAGAAGAACCCUACAGAGUUUACAGAUUUCUACAAACAACUAAAAGUAAGUGUAUUCCAGACCGAACCAAUGGUAAAACGCCUUGUAUAAAGAGAGAACCAAGCUAUCAAAGAAUUCCAGAGGGACCAAUCAAUCUAUCUAUGUCAAAGUAUAAUCCAUCGUGUAUACCAGAAACUGUGAGAGAUAUAAACUUUACCGAUCAAGAAGAAAUUAAAGUGCCUAUUGCCUUGACAUCAGAUCUUGGUGAUAUAGAUGUAUGUCAGCUUGUUGGUAGUUCACGUCAGAGAUCUAGUGUGCUCCCACAGACUGUUAGUCAAGAAGAGGAUAUGGACACGACAGUAUGUUAUUCAGAUGGUAGGUUGAUGAUUGAUGAGAAACCAUAUCCAACAGAUAUUACAACAGGUGCCCCAAGAGGUCAACGAAUAUACAACUUACCACCAAAAAUAAACAUACAGCAGAUACGAGAACCACAAGACCACGAAAUCUUGGUAAGGAUACAGUUUCGUCAAAAAGUAGUUGCCCAGUAUCAUGUUACAAACCCACAUGGACUUCGUCUUUAUUAUGGACAAGGGCCCAGUGCCUUUGUUGAUCCAAAUCAGAUGUAUGGUUCAGGUUUAGCUCAACCAAUCGAAUUUCCAUUGUGUGAACUAACCGACAAUCCCGAGCAGCGGCGAUAUACCGAAAAAUUACUGAGCUGUCUAGAUAGGGGACUCACACUGGAAUGUAGAGACGGCGAUAUCUAUGCAAUUAGAAAAUGCAGAGUUGUGGUGUUCGUGGCUAGUCCCGAUAGUAACAGACCAAUAAAAAUAAACCGAGAUUCGUCUAGCUGUAAAAUAUUCGAUUACGCACAAUUCAAAAAAGCUUUAGAAAACUAUGCUGGGGGACAAGGUUCAAAACCCUCCGCCCAAAUUCUACUUGGUUUUGGGCAAAAUUGGACUAAUUCAUUAGAACCCUACCAAAACCUUCUUAUAUCCGCAACAAUUUAUCACCCCAAAGCCAUCUACGACUUGUCUAAGAUUGCAGGCAGAGAGCUAUUAUCACCUCCAUUGCAAAUAUCUGAUUCUGAUGAAGUGGACCGCUACAUCAAGAUAUAUAAAGAUAUUUCUAAAACAAUCCAAGACUGAAACUUGUUUAUCUACAUACUGUCACUGUAUCAAUAUUCAUUUAGUCUGUGCUAAUUUGGACUUUAUAUAUUUGCAUACUUCGGGGGGGG